CACCCCUCAUCCCCUCGCCCCCCAUCAAGAAGGAAAGAAGAAAUCAGUCUAUACGUAGCUCUCUUCUUCCUCUUCCAAGAAGAAAAACGGAAGCUUUAGCGAGAGAGAGAGAGAGAGAGUCGGAGAGAUCAGAGAUCGACCCCGCUAAGCAUCGGGAGGUUGCAGAUCAGCUCAGGGCAGGAGGAGAGAAGGUGGGUUUUCCUCAGAUACGAGAGUUGAGAGCUUUGGUUGUUUGGGGUAAAACCCGGGCCUAGACGAGUUGUAGACAUCACGGCUAUACACGGAGUACCCCUCAUUCAUGCCCGCCCCGUACGACACCGGCGGUCUGUGAUCAGCGUGAACAUCGCUAGCAACCCUUCACCGCACGGCGGCCGCGGCGCCCUCCCCUCCGAAGGUGGCAGCCCCUCUGACCUCCUCUUCCUCGCCGGUGGCGGUUCCCUCCUCCCCCAGUUCUAGGCAGCUAUUAUCUAUAUAGUGCUGUGGUAGUCCUACUACUGUUCUAGCUCCGUACUUGUUGUGUACUUCUUUCGUUCUACUUCAGAGUAUUUGUGUGUGAAAUUAUCUGUUGAGAGGAAAAUGAGUUUGAUGCUGAGGAUCAAGAGGGUUCCGACCGUCGUGUCUAACUACCAGAAGGAGGAGGCCGAGGAGGGCGCCCGCCGUGCUGGGGGCUGCGGCCGCAACUGCUUCAACAAGUGCUGCCUCCCUGGGGCAAAGCUCCCCCUUUAUGCUUAUAAGAGGGCGGACAGCAUUGCCAAUGAGAAGUCUUUGGUUGGGCUUGAAGAUUCGGAGGCUCCCAUGGCCUUUCUCGACUCGCUCGUUCUUGGCGAGUGGGAGGAUCGGAUGCAGAGAGGUCUAUUUCGCUACGACGUCACUGCCUGUGAAACUAAGGUAAUUCCUGGUAAGAAUGGCUUCAUAGCUCAGCUAAACGAGGGCCGCCACUUGAAGAAGAGACCAACUGAGUUCCGAGUCGAUAAGGUUCUUCAGCCCUUUGAUGGGAACAAGUUCAACUUCACCAAAGUUGGGCAAGAAGAGGUCCUUUUCCAGUUCGAAGCGAGUGGAGAUGGUGAAGCCCAGUUCUUCCCGGAGGCGCCUAUUGAUGCUGAGAACUCCCCGAGUGUUGUUGCCAUUAAUGUCAGUCCGAUCGAAUAUGGGCAUGUGCUGUUGAUCCCUCGCAUCCUUGAUUGCUUGCCGCAGAGGAUUGACCAUGAAAGCUUCUUGCUUGCCCUUCACAUGGUCGUGGAAGCUGAUAACCCGUUCUUCCGGCUUGGGUAUAACAGCCUCGGGGCAUUUGCUACUAUCAACCACCUCCAUUUUCAGGCAUACUACCUUGCUGUACCCUUCCCUGUCGAGAAGGCUUCCACCAAGAAAACCACCACUCUUGGAAAUAGCGCAGUGAAGGUAUCUGAACUCAGAAACUACCCUGUGAGGGGUCUUGUCUUCGAAGGUGGAAAUACUCUGGAAGAUUUGUCCAAUGCAGUCUCAGACUCGUGUGUUUGUUUGCAAGAGAACAACAUACCUUACAAUGUCCUCAUUUCUGAUUGCGGCAAGCGCAUCUUCCUCUUCCCACAGUGCUAUGCUGAGAAACAAGCUAUGGGGGAAGUGAGGUCUGAGCUUCUCGAUACCCAAGUGAACCCAGCUGUGUGGGAGAUCAGUGGACACAUGGUACUGAAGAGGAAGGAGGACUAUGAGGGGGCUUCCGAGGAGAACGCAUGGAGGCUCCUAGCAGAGGUCUCCCUUUCCGAGGAGAGGUUCCAGGAAGUGAAAGCUCUCGUCUUUGAAGCCAUUUCUUGCAGCCUUAGUGAUGCUGAUACUGCUUCUCAGAACCCGUCCGAGGAGGAUGUGGAGGAUCAGUCUGCAGAGGAUAUGCUUGCAAUGCAGCAGGGGUCCCACACUGCUAUCAUAGCUGGUACCCAUGACUGCCUUGUUAUUCAGUGAGAAGCAACCCAGGGCUUUUCGCAGAGUCCCGACUAUGAGCUUUUAUGACCUGGGAUGGUGAUUAUUAUUAUCAUUUGUACUCGGUUUGAGUCUUAUUGAGUGGUAUCUGGAAUAAGCAAACUCUGUUUGCACUGUUCAGUUGUAAGUAUGUCGAACUCCGUUGCCGUGUCCAUUACAUGUGUCUCUGUCUCGUACUUUGGAACUGAGACACUGUGCCCUGUGGAUUAUGUAACAUGAGAUACUGUGGUCGGUUUGCUAAUGCAUUAAGAAUUAGUACGAUAACAUUCCCGCC